UUGGUUAUUUACGCACUUUGCCGUGUAACCAAGGAGAACAGCAGCAUCUAUAAGUGACACAUGUCCAUCAGAGCCCAACUCUUCCUCACUACCUACAUCGGAGGAUUAUCGAGGUGUGACUUUGUCUAUCACACUUGUUUCUUAACAGACCGCCCAUGCUUGUAGAAUGGAUUAUAAUAGUAGUAAGUCAUAUACUGCUUAAGUACAGUGGUUACAGUGUCCGAUAUUGUUGUUCCAAACGCACAUAGUCAUUUAAAUAGCAAACUGAAACGCAAGGAUAUUUUACUUUGAAAAGAUGCUACUUACCCAGGCUUUCUUGUGUAUCUAAAAACUGCCCUAUGAGGAGAUGUGAGACUCAGUGGAGCUGGAAGAUUGUCAAAUGUUGGCUGGGGAGGGGCAAGGCACGUCUGAGCCAGCAGUGCAUUGGAAGGUGCGGAACCAGCAGGAUUGACAGGUUAUGAUGACGGCAAAGAAAUCCGUAACUUGCACCGAUAGUAUGGAUUAACCGAAUCCAUAAAUCUAAUAAUGAAAUCAUGGCCAGCGCGGACAGUGAAGUAAAAACAUUGCUGAAUUUUGUCAACUUGGCAUCCAGCGAUAUAAAGGCUGCCCUUGACAAGUCCGCCCCGUGCAGGCGCUCGGUGGACCACAGGAAGUACCUACAGAAACAACUGAAACGCUUCUCUCAGAAGUGCUCCAGGAUGCCCUCCAGGUGCCAUGCGUACAGGGCGGGUGAAUGCGGAGUCCCCAAAACCCUUGAAGACAAAUCUGCAGUGUUCGCAUUUGAACCAGCAAAUCGUAACCUCCAGCUUUCCCGAUUGAAAGACAGGAGCGGAUCGGAAGUGCGAAGCGAGGACAAUUCCGGGCUGAAUGCGAAGCCCAAAGCGGAGCGCGAUCCUCACAGGCAAGACCAAGUGCCCAUGAGGAAACGGCAGCUCCCCGCGUCUUUCUGGGAGGAGCCCAGUUCCUCCAGGAGCAAGCGAGAUGCUUUCCCAGUCUCCUGGAGGAAGAGCCCUGGAGACGCCGGAAUCAGCGGGCCUUCAGCUCCGGAGGAGGAGAAAAAGAAGAAAUCUUCGGACGAGAGAAAAGCUCAUUUAAUACUCUCGAGUGAGCAGAUCGCAGCCGAGAAAGAGCCGCUAAUGCUGGACAUCACCCCAGGAAGCGUGAACGUGUGCGGCUGCUGUCCUUUUCAGUACCAUGGACACCACGUCUUCCAAGGCCAUAUAGUCCUUCCCCACUCAAGCUUCUCGGAGGUGGGAUUAUGGGGGAAUACCACGGUUGUCCAUGCGGAGACGUCAGACAUCCAAAAUGGACAGAAAAGUCAAACUCACGUCGUAGUGAAGCCCAUCCCCACAAAACCGUCGGUACCAUCUCCUAUUUUCAGUGUAUUUGGAUUUAUCUGACGGUCAUCUCGUCUUUUAGACCAUGACCAGCAACUAUGAAACAAGCACAAUGUAAAUAACUGUUAGAUAUUUUGUGAUAUUUGGUUAAAAUUCCCCGAUCAAUCUAUUUAUUGCAGGCUCUAAUUAAAACCAUUGAAAAUGUUUAUUUUUCCAACAGUAAGGCUAUUUUUCUAACAACGGGCUAAAGUUUUGUUUGUUAACUGUGUAUAGGCCUAUGGGAUCUGAAGCACUUACGUCAAAUUAACAAACACUGAAUGAAUUCAUGAAGAUGUGAAAAUAAUUUAAAUUUUCUUCUUCCGCGAUUACCAAGGCAGCUGUAUAGUAUAACGUAAUAGGGUACAACACAUAGAGGAUUAAUUAUAAACAUGCUAUAGCCUAUAUUUUGAGAAUGUCAGUUUCUGAUGUAACAAAUUGUGUAUUCAUUUGUACGUCAAAGCUUUAUCAGCAUAAGGGUAUGUGUAAAACUUAUUAAAUCUGUGUCAUGGAAAAUGCCAAAAGAACUUGUUUUAGCAAUAAUGUAUGACACCUUGUAAGAUUAAAUUGUGUUGGAAAACCAAACAAAUCCGUAUUAUAAAGAAGGACCUGCGUACAACUGAUUUCAAAUUAAUGGUAAAUUUAUUACAUUUCAGGGCUCGUACUGAAUAAAAUACAUUCCGAUUUUAUCACAUUUAAA